ACCAAGCAACAUGCAAGACAAGUUAGUAAUUUGGAUAGGGAGGUCGAGCAGCAGAUGGAAAAACUGGAGACAAAAAUUCGUCAAGAGGAGAAAUCUUCGUACGAAAAGAAGCUGUCUGACUUCGAAUGGCAGUUGGAAGGGAAGGAGAAAGAAAUCUCAGCGAUGAACAAAACGAUUGAAACGCUUCAAACGCGACUUGACAAAGAGACGAGCAAACCAAACACUCGUCGAGAAGAGUUUGAAAAUGUCGCACAAGAAAAUAGAUACUUGAAAAGUCAAGUUACGGACUCUCAAACGACACUAGCGUUGCUUAGGAGCGAACUUGCCGAACUUAAAAGUCAGUUUGUUGAGCAAUCUGACCAAUUACAAAAGGAACAGAACAGAGCCGAGGGCUGCGUUCAGGAAUAUGAUAAUUUAACGAGACAGUUACAGCUGUUGCACGAGGCGAACCAACGCCUGCAAGAUGUGAAUGACGAACUUAGAGGCGCUCUUGAGACGAAGAAAAACUCAGCUCCUGAGAGGAAAAUCAGCUCGGAAGUUCUGAGGAUGUCUGGUGUUUUUCCUGAUCCUAUCGUAAAUCAUGGGUUAUCGUCCAGUUUGCGAUCCAACACUUUCCCGCGUUCUAAAUCUGCCACGCCACCGUUGGGAUCCAGGCACGCCGAGUACCACGGUGCUGAUUUUAACGACAAUACCUUUAACGAGGAUUCGUUAUUCUCUGAGAUUCACCGAGCGAGCACGCCAUACAAGUCAGACUCUAUAGACGAAGAUGACGAUGAAGCAUAUGGCACGAUGUCAAAAUCAAAGAAAGCUCAAGUUCAGAGACAGAUUCAGAUUCUCGAGGACACGAAUAAGCGACUAGGUUCAAGUAAUGAUGAACUAAGAGUUGCUCUGAAGAUGAUGGCAAGAAGUGGGAGCUUUCGCAAGCCGAAAAAGACGUCAUCUGGAAGUCGCCGUCCCCACAGUUUCCAUAGCGACUACAGUUCUCUCUCAAGUAACAGAAGUAGUCGAAGUCUUUCACCAAAACAAAAGCGUUUGUCCAACGGAGAUAUUGGUGAGGCCACAGAUGAAUCAACGACUUAUGACGUUGAAGAAGAAGAGAAUGUCGGAACAAUUGUCGAGGAGUCAUUGAAAGAUUUGGUUCAAUACUCAAAAGAAAGCGAGCUUGCUGUCGACCAAUCAACUGAUGAUUGUAAAAUUGAAAACACGACUGACAAUCAAAAUAAUAGUCUAUGUGAAAAUGCGACAGAAGUUCCAGAAACGCUUGGAGCUGGAUUGCAAAAGUCUAGUUCGAAUGGAGAUCAGGUUGAUCGGACAGACUACGAUGCUUGUGUGGAUCUAGAGGAUCCUUCAAACGAGAGAAUAUUAAACGGAAAAAAAGUAAAGACUAGAUCUAAGAGUUUGGAGAUGUUUUAUAUUGAAAAUUUUGCUCACUUAGACAGAGAUGAAGGUAGUAUGUCUGACGGAAUUCGCCAUGAUCAGGAUUUUGAGGAAGAGCGAUUAGAGGAUUUGUUGCAAAAUCUGGUAUUGGAAGAUGAUUGCUGUGAUAUUGUCACUGAAAACGAUGGCACGGUAGACAAUGGGGACAAAAGCAAUUACGACAACACGAACAGCCGUGAUAUCGCAAAAAACAAUUCUUGCAAUGGGAGCAACGAGGAGAACAAAGGACUUUGGGAGAUAACAAAGGCGUUAAACGCUUUCGAAGUGUACAAGAGUCAGACAUCGUUGAACGAGUUAAGUUGCAUUGAAGAGGAGGGAAGCAAUGAAGGGGAUAGCUGCAGUCAAGAGGAAAGGGAAGAAGAGGGUCUUGUGGGGAAAGAAAGCAAAACUAACGCCUUGGAAGAAAGGUUGGUUUGUGCGAAUUCCAAGGAGGAUGUACAAAAUAGAGACAAAUCAAAUCGCAACAAGCACAAUGAUAGUAGGACUGAGGCACAAAAAGGAGAAAAAGGGAGAAUUGAAAAGAAGAAGGAUGAUCAAAAAGAUACAGAUAUGGAUUCAUUGGAAGAUGAAGAAGGCUCUGAAGAUGAAUUCUCAAGUGGGAAUGGUUCCGCGGAAGGGGAUGGGUUAGAAUUGGAACCAUUGGAGCAAAUGAAACUGGAUCAACGCGAGUUGGAAGGAAACAAAAACACGGUUCCAAAACACCAAACAUUCACUGAGAAUCGUCUGGGGAAGGUCAAAAAAAGAUCACCAAAUGAGAGUUUCGAGGAAAGUAAAAUCGACGAUCAAAUGAGCAAUAAACAUGGACUCGUAAACGGGGGAGGGUUGGAUUUAGAUAAAGGGGCGCAGAGGGGGAAAGUUUCUAAAGAGAGGGAGCUACCAGAAAUCAGACAUCAGGAAAAUGGACUCGAGGAAAAUGGACUCGAGGAAAAUAGACUCCAGGAAAAUGGACUUCAGGAAAAUGGACUUGGUGGUGAAGAUAGUGAAGAAGAUGAUUUUGAUGACGAGGAAAGCGAGUUCGACACGGAUGAAGAGGACAAGAUCAGGGUGCGAAAAGGAGGCGAUGGAAGUGACAAGGGAAAGAAGAAUUUGUCGUUCAAUGAGAGUUUAGAAUAUGACGAUGACGAAAGUUAUGAUGAUUCAUAUGAUGAAGAGAGCGAAUAUUCAAGCGACGAAGAAUUGUCAGACUCCUCGACUGAACAACAUCAAAAGGAUAGCACGGCAACAAUGAAUUCAGAGACAAUCGCUGAACUUGAAACUCAGUUUAAGAAAAUAACAGAAAGCAAAGAUGAGGAGAAAGACACUAAGAGUGACCUUGAUGACGACGACGAUGAAGAUGGAAUGGAUUCUACUGAAUUGGCAGAAUUGGUUGCUAUGGCAUCGGACUUGACUGACGUCACCGACUCGGAAUCCGAGACGGGAAGAUCAUCAAGUGGCAAUAGAACUGGGGAGAUAUCGACCAUGACUGAAAUGAACGGUUCUCCGAGCUACGCCACCCCAGAGAGAAUGUACAAGCUGGUCUUGGCCGGAGAUGCUGCGGUCGGAAAGUCAAGUUUCAUUCUUCGUCUUUGUAAAAACAAAUUCCAUUCCAGUCUCAAUGCGACACUUGGUGUUGAUUUUCAAGUGAAGAAUCUCAAAGUGGAUUCAAAAACUGUCGCACUUCAACUGUGGGAUACCGCUGGUCAGGAGAGAUUUCGUAGUAUCGCAAAGUCAUACUUCCGUAAAGUGGACGGUGUACUACUCUUGUACGACGUUACGUGUGAGGCAUCAUUUGUUAACAUCAGAGAUUGGAUGUCCACGAUAGAGGAAAGCUCUCAAAAGAAAGUCCCCAUCAUGCUUUGCGGAAACAAAUGCGACCUUCGUGACGAAUUUCUCAUGGAAGGAAAAAAGGUCAUCUCGACGGAAAGUGGCCAGCGGCUUGCGAAGCAUUAUGACGCGUUGUUCAUCGAGACAAGUGCAAAGGAUGGAAGCCGUAUUGAGGAAGCUUGUAAGGAACUCGCGAGUUUCUUGUCUAACAGAGUUCUCACCUCAUUGGAGAAUGAAGAGAUCGAGCAGAGUGGUUUGAGACUUGAGAAACCGGAGAAGGAGAAGAAGAAGCGUCCAUGUUGUCCCUCGUAACGAUCCAUACGACGAAGCUCGUAUCCGGAUUAUGCUGGUCGACGAUUGAACGAACCACAGCCAGCCAGGCUUUUCACGUCGCAGUUGACGCUUAGAAUAAUUGAGACAAGAUUUGUAGCAAUGCACAAAUGGAAAACAUUUUGCGUACAUCCGUUGGACAUGCGUCUGCCGUUGAACCACAAUCGGUCUGGUAUAAUGAUCCAGAAUAUUUGACUCUUAGAGACACUUCAACCUUGAAACAUUCAAGGAAACAUGUUUGAAUUUGAAACCUUGAUUCAAACUACUAUUGUGAAUACUAACGCAACAUUCAUCGUAUAACCAAUCCAACAAUGUAAAUGACUCAUUCGUAGAAAGGAGAGUAUAUUUAAUUUAGUAAUUUUAUUGGAUUU